CAGCAAUUGACCGUAUUAGUUUAAUUCCGUCACCUCAAUAAGUGGGUCAAAGAACCCAUCCUCCCACCCCCUCCCCCAGCCUGGGUCUGAGUCUCAGACCUGGACUUUGCGCUCCUGAACCUGAUCAGCUGAGACGGUUCUCGCAGCCGGCAGAGCUUCAGUAAGAAGAUUUGCGGAUUUGUUCUUGCCUUCUGAUUCGCUCUCGCCGCUGCUCACUCCUUCUGCUGCGGGCUGAGGAUGAGUGGCGCACUCUUCCUCCUGAGGUGCGUGACUUUCCAGGUUAAACAUGCGUGGAAGUGAGUCUGGCUCUGCGUAAAACCGGAGGAGCUUCGGGCGCACGGCGCGCUCCGAGCAGGAUGCCGACCACUCCCGCGCCGUUCCCGCGGACGCCGGGGCUUCUGGACACGGGUCAUAGAUGAGAAGUGUCCCGGAGAGACGCGGCUCCCUCCCCCCGGGGACUAUGACGGACAACCUGACGGGCUGGAACGCCACGCAGCCCGCGGAAGAGGCGCAGCGAAACUUCCCCGCGCUCAUCUUCGGGGUCCUGCUGGUGGGGGCAGUCAUCUGUGGGAACGUGCUCGUGUGCCUGAGCGUGUACCUGGAGAAGGCUCUGAAGACCACAACCAACUACUUCAUAGUGAGUCUGGCGUUUGCGGACCUGCUGCUGGCGCUGCUGGUUCUGCCGCUCUUCGUUUACGCAGAGGUGAGGCGCCCCGAGCAGCCGCGCGCGGGGUUCAUCGCCGUCUCCAUCCCUCUGAACUACAACCGUAAACACGUGGAUCAGCGGCAGCUGGUCCUGCUCUCCGCCACCUGGCUUCUGGCCUUGGCAGUGGCGUCUCCGGUCAUCUUUGGCAUCAACAACGUGCCAAACCGAGAUCCCAGCGAGUGCAAACUGGAGGACAACAACUAUGUGGUGUACUCGUCCGUCUGCUCCUUCUUCAUCCCCUGCCCCAUCAUGGUCCUGCUCUACUUCGGGGUCUUCCGGGGCCUUCGACGUUGGGAGGAGACCCGUAAGGCCAAACUCCGCAGCAGCAUUGAGGCAUGCAGGAAGCUGCAGCACGCCGCCGUCGCCACCGCGCUCCCGCCACUGGCGGGUACCAUUCCUGGCCCCCUCCCCAUGCCUCUUCCAAGGAUUAUCGAGAGGGAUCUGGCCCAGUCCCGGCUAGACGACACGGGGGACUAUGGCCAGGAGAUUCCGUAUCCCCGGCAGUACCGGGAGAACUCCGUUCCCACGGUGACGUUCAACCAGCAGCAGAACACCAGGAAGAGAGCCAAGAUCAACAGCAGGGAGAGGAAGGCCAUGAGGGUGCUGCCCGUCGUCGUAGGCUGCUUCCUGUUUUGCUGGACUCCGUUCUUCGUGGUCCACACGAUGCGAGCCUUGUGUGUGACCUGCUACAUCCCCCCCGCUCUGAUGAGCACGGUCACCUGGCUGGGUUACGUCAACAGCGCCCUCAACCCCAUCAUCUACACCAUCUUUAACACAGAGUUCAAGAAAUUCUUCAAGAAGUGUUUCCGCAGCUGCUGCUGACAGUAGCCCCCCCCAGGAUGAUCUGACGGUCGGGGAGGACCGGCAGCUGCUUUGGCCGGGUCCACAUCAUGUGACACGGAGGUCCUGAUGCUGAAGGACCCUUCCCCAACAUGGAGGAGCGCAGGGUCAGGUCCUGCUCCACUGCUACAAAGAGAGCUAUGUCCAGUUUUGUACCAACUUCAAUUCGUCUGCUAAACAGCUAAAGUUGGAAACUUUAGGGAGUCUGCAUCUUAAAAGGGUAUGUGUGUUGUAUGUAUGUUACUGUUUUUAUUGGAGUAUUUGAUUUUAAUGAUUUGUAUGAUUUUUUUUUUAUGGAUUUUACUGAUGAUUGUUUGACUCUGUCUUGUCUUGUGAUCCCACCAGCAAAGGAAGUUCCUACCGGAAAAAUAAAGUAACUUUGAUUUGAUCUCCAUUUUCUCAUGGGUGGGUGGAGCUUUGGAUUUUGUGGAAGGAGCAGAGGACUGAAAGCGUCUCAACUAGAAGCUCCAAUCAUGAUGGUACCACCUCGGCUUUGACUGCGUGGGCAGAAACAAAUGUGGAGACGGAAAAGCUUUUAAAUGAACGUGAGGAGCUUCCAAACCAGAUGAGGAAGUGACGUGUCAGAGAUGAGAUCUGGUGAGGGGAGGGGCUUUGUUGCCAAGAGGCCACAUCAGACGAUGAAGGUCAGUUUGUGGGGGAGGGUCAGAUUUCUCUGAGAGCCAAAUGUGAAACAGAAAACUGACAGUGAAACCAAUAAUCCGUUUGAUUUGACUCAGAAGUGGGAAAUGACUGUUAAAACUUGGUUGAAGACGCAAGAACCUAUGUUUGCUCACCCUAAACCUUUGUCCCAUACACCCCUGUGGGUCCUGAAGGGUUUUGGGUUGUCCAGGUCGAUGCAGGGUCGAAGAGAGGAGCAUCUCCCUCUUAAAGUCCCUCUAUGACACAUUUUUUUAUUUUAUAAAAACGUUCUCAGUAGUGUUUUGAUCAUGAUUCUGAAGUUUUUAACCAAAAUCCCACGUGGGUGAGAUUUUAGGUUUAACCCCUGUUCAGGUGUGACCAACCCAGGAGUGCCGGCCGGAGCACUACUUUAAGGCCUGGAUGAGGCUGCUGCAGGUGGUUGGUGGAGUGAACGACAGAGGCAGGAUGACGGCUUUAACAGCUGUAUUCCACACAUGACGCUUUACAU